UCAUUCCCUUCCAUCCCAUCUCUCUCUCUCUAUAAACCAACUCUCUCAACCAUUCAGCUUCAAAACAAGCACAACAUCACACCGUGGUUGAAGCUCCAAAGCAAGAACGAAUGGGUUCUCUCAUGGCUGGUUGGUCGUCCCACGUCUUGGACUCAGAGAAAGUUCUUCUGAAGAGAAACAAGUCGCUGACCAGAGAGGAGAUCGAUAGCUUCCGCAGAGCGCAGAAGCCGAGCAGAGAAGAGGAAGAAGACUUCACCUCCGACGCCGCUUUGACUCCCCAAACGUCUCCUCAGGAGAAGGAUCGAGCGAGAGCAAAGCGGACUUUCAUGGGUUUCCCUGAUGAUGCAUCGGACGUGGACAAGGCUGCCAAGACGGGUGACUGGUGGACGAGGAGCAACUGGGCGUUUCUGAACGAGCCGCCGCGGGACGAGUUGAGCGACUCGGCUCACAAGUACACGGCGCAGUUCCACGUCGCUCACCUCGCCGUCAACGAAUCUACUUAGAGAUCGUAUUUUGGUGGUCGCCUAAUUAUAGCCUGAUCUAUGUGCCAUGUCUGUCGUUUGUGCGUGCAGUGUAUGAGAAUGUACUGUUGGGUUAACUGUUGUAAAUUUAGCAUGUAUGAGAAUGUUAAUUAAGAGCUAGACAUUUUGGUGGUGUGCCUUCGGAAUUA